AAGGCUCAAGUUUUCUGUCUCUUUCUAUUCGUUUUUGUCUCUUUCUGUCUCUGUGUCGCAUGAUAAUAUAUAAGUACCACUGAAGUGAAAAAAAAAAAAGAAAUAUACAUUCGCUAAGGCUAAAAUUUGUAGGUCAGGUAGUUAGAAACUCAACAAACUUUCUCUUGACAAUUUACUAUUAUGGUUUAAGAUUAAGUAGUCUUCUUCCAAUACACAAUGACACUCCUCACUAUUUUGGUACGGCCACUCAUCCAUUUUUCAGAUCUAUCUCAAGAAUUUUACCUGGUAAUGAACAUUUAAUACACAACAAAACCAAAGAAUCAUACACAACACUUAAAAAGCUGUUACAAGAAAGCCUAGUGAAUAGGAUUAAGUGGGGGAGAGUUCUUGGGGUGACAGAACUAAAGGGCACACUCAUAAACCUACACAUCAAACAUAUCCCACCAAUAGCUAGAGAGAUAACUUAUAGACUUAUCUUUGGGAUGACCCCUAUGGUUAAAAGACGGGCAAAUGUCCGUGAAUGUAAAUGAUGUCAUCUAGAAAAUGCUGAUAACGAGAAACAUAUGUAUUUGGAAUGUCCAUUAUUCCGUCAAGUUAAAAGUAUUGUAAGGGACUUAUUAGAAGCUAACUGUGCCAACUAUGGGCAGUGUGUAACUAAAUCAUAGGACUUCUGGCACAAAGGCAACCAUACAGAUGUAAACUAAAUGAGAAAUUCUUCACGCUUCAGUAACCAAAGAUGAUAUCAUUUCUAUAAUGCCGAGUUGAGCUUGGCGACGUGUUUCUGGUAUCUCCACCCCCCCCCCUUUUCCCAUGUUUUCCCCUUUCCCAUACACAGACAAGUUUAAUAGUUUUUUUCUGUGGAGUGUUCAAACAAAAAAACAAACUAUGUUUCCAGGUAAGGAAGUAAAUCUGUUUCCUGGGACUGGCAGAAGAAUGGAGCUGAAAAUGGGCACACUUUUGUACAUCGUGCUAUGCGUUCUUAAGUUCAAAGUUUCAGAAACACAUACAAAAUGUUUCACGCAAGAAACGGGGAAAAAAAUGUAUGGGAAUUCAUGCAGUGAUAAUACCCAAUGUUUGACCGAGUACUGUGGCUAUACAACCUGCUCAUGUCCUUUUGGUUCUGUUUUGGACUCAAAAACUGGUUUUUGUGUUAGAAGUACCGGAGAUAACAUGAUAAUGGCUAGCAAUGGCGACUGUGGCUACAUUGUCAGCACAAGAGAGGUCAACUUGUACACUGUAGUAGUCCAGUGGGACAUCAUUGGAGACACGGACACAUACGUCACAUUGGUGAUACUUGAAGUGAACAUGAAUACAUUCUACUGUAGUUACAAUUAUGUAGAAGUAUUAGAAGACUCUACGAUGCUAAGAGGUCCACUAUGUAGCUCUAAUGACUAUACCGCCAAAUAUCAAGCUUCUAAAUCAAGCAGACUUACUGUCAGGUACAGAGGGACUUAUGGAGGCGAUCAAGGCUUUAGAGCUGUCUACUUCAUAAGAAACAACUCUGCUGUGUUAACUGAACCGACUGGCUAUAUAGCAAGCCCCGGGUAUCCAUUGAACUACAAAGCAAAUAGCAAGUACUCAUGGCUUAUUACAGCUAGACCAGGUCAAGUUAUUACAUUGAGCACAACCGGAAGUACACAAUAUCUAUAUGAUUACGUAUAUAUAUACGAUGGACAAUACGAAUUUAAUAGACUAAAGAGUCACACCGGGCAAUGGUCCAUGCAGUCUGUGACAUCUACAAGUAACUACAUGCUGGUGGUGCUCAGUACCACCUACAGCUGGUCUUCUAGUUCAAGUAAUUACAGCUUCAGUGGUUCCUAUCAGGUGUAUGGUGUUCUGUAUGGAGAGUCGUGUAACAUUACUGAUACAUGUAUACAAGGACUGAUCUGCCUUGGCGGAGUGUGUGGCUGCUUAGCAAGUCAAUAUUAUGAUCAAACAACUUGCAAAAGUAGACUGUCAGCUGGUGCUCUUUGUUAUGGUCAAGACGUCUGCGCCCAGAGCUUAGUUUGUUCUGGAUCCUAUUGUAGAUGUCAGGACUCCCAGUAUUAUGAUAAAUCUUCAAUGACUUGCAAACAGACAUUAAAUGUGGGAGAACUGUGUGACCCGACCAUAGAAGACAUGUGUGCAUCACGUGACUUUGUGUGCAGACGUCAGACACUGAACACUACCAUGUACACGUGUCAACAGGCGUGCACUUCAGAGAGUAUUGACAAGAAAACAUUUAUGGCCUUGGUUGUUGUCGCUGCAGUCGGUUGGGCUGUUGCCAUAGUAGCUGUCGUCUCGGUGAUCAUCUUAUGCUUGAGAAAUCAAAAGAGAUCUGCACCGUAUAGAGGAGGUAUUGUAAUCAGAGAAGCCACAGAAGCAAGAAGUAAUGAUUACAGAACUUGCCCUCCAAGACCAGCUCAAGAUUCAUUACAAAAUGGUAAUAAAGAAGAACAAAAUGCAACAACUUCUGGUCAGACUACAUUGACUAUCCAAACAACGAACACGGCGCAGCCUGCUGUUCCUGCAGCUGACGCUUUAGAAAACAAACCUGUGGUACCUGCUAGGCCGCCAGUGCCACCGAAGAAUGCACUCGGUGUCAAGCAGCCCGAAGCUUCAUCUACACCUACUUUUAUAAAUACAAGUUUUGAGCCAGACUCAAAAGAUGAGGAUGGAAUUAUAUAUGAAACAAAUUAACUGUAGGGAAUUGUUCGCUCAUGUCAGGAAUGACUUGGACCUACUGUUGUUGAGAAGUGUUGUCACUUCUGUUGAGAAGGCUGUGAGUCUACAGACUUGACAUUAUGUUUUUUGUAGUCGCGAGUUCUAAAUAUAAACACUUUCAACAGAAAUAAUAGAAUAAUGUCUCGUUCAAAUAAUAGAUAAUUUUAUCAGAACAAGAACAGUAUAAUCCACUGUUGUCAGAUCUUAAAAAAAAAAAAUGUUCUUCUUAGCACUGCUGCAAUAUGUCUCCCUGUUCGGUGUCUGUCUCUAUUUCCGUUCCAAGUUUUUCAUGUACUUUCGCGUCACUAAGGAAAUCCCCGAUUGACCCCAACUUCUACGGAUGUAACCAUCUGGUCGUUUCAAUAAACACGUUCAUAUAUGUUUUCAUUUGUUA